GCCGGGCGCCCAGGCUGUGGCGGCGGAGACAGACGGGAUGAGGCCCCGACCCGCAGGUUUCUUGGAUAAUAAGCUGAAGCAGCGAGUCAUCCAGUACCUCACCAGUAACAGAUGUGGCAAGUACGUGGACACUGGAGUCUUAGCAUCUGACUUACAAAGAAUGUACAGCAUAGACUACGGUCGAAGAAAAAGAAAUGCUUUUAGGAUUCAGGUAGAAAAAGUAUUUAGCAUAAUUAAUAGUGAGAAGAAACAUAAGGAUCUAACAGAAUUAGAAGAUGAACAUCUGGCAAAAAGAAUAAGAAAAGAUGAAGAGGAUAAUGAGUGUACUGAAAGCUAUUCAAAUGAUGAGUCAGAUAUGGAAGAUUACCCAGAUCCACAGUUGGCAAAUCACAUGAACACUUCCCUGCUCUCCUUAUAUCGGAAAGGAAACCCUGAUUCUGUGGCAAGUACUCCUGAGGUGGAGGAAAGAGAAACCAGCGGUUCAGCUGCACCGAUAACCUCCAGAACCACGUCUGUUCCUUUGAAGGCCCCUGCCAGAGGCUCUGGAGGAGGGUGGUUCAUUGACAAAACUCCAGGUGGAAAGAAAGACAGUUUCUUUUUGGACCUAUCAGAGGAGAAAAGUAAUCAUAAGAAGGCAAUAUCUGAGACAGAGGAUUCAAAAGAGUUGUCUCUUCUGGAAACUAAUAAAAAAAGGAAAGACAGGUUAAAGAGCAAAGGAAGUAAAAAGAAGAAGGAAGACCUUCAGGAAGUAGAUGGAGAAAUAGAAGCUGUCCUGCAGAAGAAAGCUAAAGCCAGGGGACUAGAGUUCCAGAUCUCCAACGUGAAGUUUGAAGAUGUUGGAGGCAAUGAUACCACAUUAAAGGAAGUCUGCAAGAUGCUCAUACACAUGCGUCACCCGGAGGUAUACCAGCACCUGGGCGUCAUACCCCCUCGUGGAGUUCUCCUUCAUGGACCACCAGGCUGUGGGAAGACAUUACUUGCACAUGCAAUUGCUGGGGAACUUGACCUUCCAAUUCUGAAAGUAGCUGCUACAGAGGUUGUGUCUGGAGUAUCUGGAGAAUCUGAACAGAAGCUGAGAGAAUUAUUUGAACAAGCUGUGUCCAGUGCACCCUGUAUCCUUUUUAUUGAUGAAAUUGAUGCCAUUACCCCGAAAAGAGAAGUUGCUUCAAAAGAUAUGGAACGAAGAAUUGUAGCCCAGCUCCUAACCUGCAUGGAUGAUCUCACUAAUGUGGCUGCUACAGCUCGGGUCCUAGUCCUUGGAGCUACUAACCGACCAGACUCCUUAGACCCUGCUCUGAGACGUGCAGGAAGGUUCGACCGGGAAAUAUGCCUUGGUAUCCCAGAUGAAGCAUCCAGGGAAAGAAUACUUCAAACUUUGUGCAGAAAACUAAGACUUCCUGAAACUUUUUCUUUCCGUCACUUGGCACACCUAACGCCAGGCUUUGUUGGUGCUGAUCUGAUGGCACUCUGCCGGGAGGCAGCCAUGUGUGCAGUCAGCAGGGUCUUAAUGCAGCUGCAGGACACGCAGAGGAAAGACCCCGGGGCUGAAGGCUUGCCCUUCGAAGGAGGCCAGGAACAACGGAUUGGAACUGAGCCCACACAGGAUGAAUUGGAAAGUCUGCUGGGGUUGCUAAGAAACCAAGAUCCCCUCUCCGAGGAGCAGCUGCAAGGGCUGUGCAUUGAAUUGAAUGAUUUCAUUGUUGCUCUGUCCUCAGUCCAACCCUCUGCCAAAAGGGAAGGCUUUGCCACUGUCCCUAAUGUGACGUGGGCAGAUAUUGGUGCCUUGGAAGAUAUUAGAGAGGAGCUCACCAUGGCAAUAUUGGCACCAGUACGGCACCCAGAGCAGUUCCAAGCUCUCGGAUUGGUGACUCCGGCUGGAGUCCUCCUUGCUGGCCCUCCUGGCUGUGGGAAAACUCUGCUGGCGAAGGCUGUUGCAAAUGAGUCUGGACUAAAUUUCAUAUCUGUCAAGGGCCCUGAAUUACUAAAUAUGUACGUCGGUGAAAGUGAGCGUGCCGUGCGGCAGGUUUUUCAGCGGGCCAAGAACUCAGCACCCUGUGUGAUCUUCUUUGAUGAAGUGGAUGCCUUGUGCCCUCGAAGAUCAGACCGAGAGACAGGGGCAAGUGUCCGGGUGGUGAAUCAGCUGCUUACAGAGAUGGAUGGUCUGGAAACACGUCAGCAGGUUUUUAUUAUGGCAGCCACUAACAGGCCAGAUAUCAUUGACCCCGCAAUCCUGCGCCCAGGCCGCCUAGAUAAAACUCUGUUCGUGGGCUUGCCGCCCUCAGCAGAUCGUCUCGCCAUCUUAAAAACUAUCACAAAAAAUGGCACCAGACCCCCAUUGGACGCGGAUGUAAACCUGGAAGCGAUUGCUGGUGACCAUCGCUGUGAUUGCUAUUCGGGCGCGGAUCUCUCUGCUUUGGUGCGGGAAGCGUCUGUCUGUGCCCUGAGACAGGAAAUGGCAAGGCAGAAGAGUGGGCACGAAAAAGGUGAACUCAAGAUUAGUCAGAAGCACUUUGAAGAAGCUUUCAAGAAAGUAAAAUCAUCGAUAUCAAAAAAGGAUCAAAUGAUGUAUGAAGCUCUGAAGCAGUCCCUUAGCCAGUGACUCCCGCAGCAGGCCUUGGAGGGUCCUGUGCAGUGACCGGCAGGAAGCUCGUGCUAUCAGCUGGACAGAUGUGGUCUCAUUUAAGCAUUUUAUUCUCAGAUUAUUGAGGCCAAGUCAGAGUUGAAGAUUUCUUCUCAUCUGGUCAGCCUUGUAUGGAAACAGCCUACCUCCACUUUAAGAAGAAUAAUUUGAACUGACAAAAUAAAAUAACUGAUUCUUUUUUAAAAUAAAAUUUUUGUAUUGAAACAAUCUCGACUGUACUACAGAAAAGUUUUGAUUGCAGUAAAAAGAACUUUCUUCCCCUGCACCAUCUGAAAGAGCUCACAGAAGGAGUCAGACAUCUAAACAGAGCAUCACGAGGCUCAGGAAGGGGUUUGAGGAGGGUGCACAGGACUGCCGAGAGGCAACACCAGGAGAAAAACCAAGUCUGGAUCUUGUCCUCGAGACAGGAAAACCUGCUCUC